AGAUGAGUCAACAGAGGGCAACCACAGACCGGUGCACAGACCGGGACACAGACCGAGGCACAGACCGGGGAACAGACCGGACAGACUGCCAGAGAACAGCGGAGAUUGAACGAGCAAUCCCUGGACGCAUGAACGAAAUUAAACUCCAGCAGGAAACAAACUAAUUCAACUUUUUUUUUUUAAAGUAACUAGCAGAGUAGAAGCAGAGUCAGGAAGAAGCUGGGAGGAAGUGAAGUUGUUGUUCCAGUGUUUGCGGCCGGAGGAAUGAACGCGGAUAAGGAGGAGCAGGAAGACGAGCUGCUCGCCCUCCAUAGUAUCUUCGGUUCGGAGGAGUUCGUCCGAGAUGAGUCGAAGUGUGCCGGAGAAAUCCGAGUGUCUGUUGAGCUGCCUGCAGACUUCACUGUGGUUCUGAAAGAAGGUGAAACGCUGAGGCAGUAUGAGAUAUCAUUCCUCCCUCCUCUGUGUCUGACCUUUGAACUCCCCGAGGACUACCCAUCCUCCUCCCCUCCCUCCUUCACCCUCACCUGCAGCUGGCUGACACAGACACAGCUUUCUGCACUGGCAGCCCAGCUCGCUGAUCUCUACCAGGCCACCGGAGGCGCUGUGGUGCUCUUCACCUGGGUUCAGUUUCUUAAAGAAGAUGCCCUCAGGUUCUUAGACAUCCCUACCCUGCUGGAGCUCCCCUCUGAUGAACACAGCAAACAGGACAAUAGCCAGGACUCAUUAGAUCCAAAGAAUACUAAACACACUCCAGAGGCAGGACCCACAGAUAACCAAAGUAUUAAUGUCUCAGAUCCACGUGAACCGGACCUCUCUGCAUCAUCCCUGGAAGUUGAGCAUCCCACACUGAGCAGCACAGACUCUCAGGGAGCUGUGGCGUUAGAUUCCUGCAAGCCUCCUCAAAAUAAUAUAACCUCCCACCACAGUGAAGUCACCCUGGAUGGUCCAAACUCAGGGCCUAAUGCGGAUUAUCUGAAGACCUCAAACGAUUCUAACCAAAUAUCACAAGCCUCAGACGUGAGGGAGGCUGAACAGACCCUCCAAACCUCAGAGUUAGAGGCUGACUACCAGAAUGAGCCGUCUUCAGAGCCUCUUCAGUUUGCUCAGUCUGAUCCAUCAAAUGAAGGUGAAAGUGUUUCAGGCUCAUCAUCGCUUCCCUCCAGCUCCUCAGACCCGCUAGAUGAGAGCGAACAAGGAGCUGCUUCUCUGCCAAUCCACCAGAGAGAAUCCCCUCAAACCCUCUCCGGUCUCUGCCUAACCCCGUCACAAACUCUCCUGUCCCAGCUCUUGAUCUAUGACGCGGCGCAGCAACAGAAACAGUUUGCCACCACAGUGUUUGACUGUGGUGUUUGUUUUGUGGGCUGGCUCGGUUCGGACUGUGUGCAGUUGCCUGAGUGUGGCCACAUCUUCUGCCAGGCCUGUCUCGCCCAGCUCUGUAAACUCCAGAUUACAGAGGGGAGCGUCCGGGGUGUGACCUGUCCUCAGGCAGAAUGCACUGCCACUCCUACACCUGCACAGGUGAAGAGUCUGGUCGGGGAGGAGCUGUUCAGCCGCUAUGAUCGUCUCCUGCUGCAGAAUACUCUGGACUGCAUGCCUGAUGUGACGUACUGUCCUCGGCGUUCCUGUGCUUCGGCCGUCAUCCAGGACAAGUCCAGCAAUGCAGCAAUGUGCUCUGAGUGCGGCUUCGCCUUCUGUGUCAUCUGCAAAAAGACUUAUCAUGGAAAGGACGACUGUCAGGAAAGAAAGAAGAACAUUAUAAAGCGGACAGACAAAGACGCACAGCAAGCCAAUGUAGACCUGCCACAGUCACAAGAGGGGAUCAGGGCUCUGUGGGACGACUAUGCCAGUGGCAGUAAGCAGAGGCAGCACCUCCUGGAGAGCCGAUACGGCCGCGAGAUAUUGCAGGUCACUGUGGAGGCGUGUCUGAGUGAGGACUGGAUAGCCUUUAAUAGCAAGAGCUGUCCUCACUGCUUCUGCAGAAUCCAGAAGGACAGCGGGUGCAACAAGAUGACGUGCUCUCGGUGUAGACGGCUGUUCUGCUGGGUCUGCCUCGCCAGACUCUCAUACCCUAAUCCAUUAGCACACUUCCAGGACAAUGCCUGCUCUCUAUAUCAAUACAACCAGACCUAGGCCUUCAGCUACUUAUGACACCGGCAGACACUGGCCACCGGCCGUGGAGGGAUCAUGUGUUCAGAUCUGUUUGAUUUUAAAGUGCACUUUUAACAGACACUUGAAAAACAUACAGAAAAAGCCAGUUUUCAAACUGUUAUCAUCUCAACACUGUUUGAAUCAUUUCUUUUACAUACAUUUACCUCGUUAUUUGAGACUUUUGGCCUCAUUUAAUAUCAACAUCCGACAUUGCAAUGUUAUAAAUAUGAAUAAUGAAAAACAUAAUAUCUCCCUUUUAAUAUCUCUGAUUGUCAUUCACAAAAUCACAGCAUGUGUCAUAUUGUGUCAUGACCAGUAGAGGGCGCUAAAUAACAAUAAUAAUAAUAAAACAGCUUGGGCGCACUCAAGUUAACUUAUAUGAAAUCCCUUUUGGUUCUAUCAAGACAUGUAAACAUGCUUUAUCUUCCAGUAUUUAAUAAUCAAACAUUAGUGCAUUAGUGAAAACUGUUAUGUGACAUUAUUCUUGUUUGCAGCUUUGGAUGCAAACAAGAAUAAUCUAUGAAAGAAAACCGCUCAGUGGACCUUUUUUAAACCAAAUCAAGUCUCACUAAUGAUUAGGGUUCUUAGUCAGUUUGCAGCUGAUACCAGUUGUUUCUUUGAUUAAUUGAUUAUUCAUUUGGUCUAUAAAUGCAGCAAAUAGUAACAAAUGCCCGUCACAAAUUCCUAGAGACUGUGGUGACGUCUUCAAAUGUCUUGUUUUCUCCAUAACAGCAGUCUAUAACCCAAACGUAUUCUGGUUUGAAAACAAGAAAACAAGCAAAUAUCCACAUUUGAGAGGGCGAAGCCAGUAAAACGUUGCUUAAAACUUAAAAAAUAAAUUGAGUAUCAAAAUUGUUGCAGUUUUGUUGAUUUAGUGACUAAGUGCGGCAGCCCCGGUACCCAGGGAGUCGCUCUUUAAACCCUUUUAACUUCAUGUUGUUGUUUACUUUAUAUUUGGCAUAUUUAGCAUUUAUUGAAUUGUUCUACAAGAGUCUUAGCUGUGCAAUACCAUCACCACUAUAAUGUUGAACACAAGUAUUAACAUAAAAGCACAAACGUAUGCCCUUUAAAGCAUGUGCAGGCAUACAAGUGUGCAGACACGGUGUGCAAAAUGAAUGUAAUGAUAUAAGUUAUAAGUGAAAAUAGAGUUGAGAGAUGUAUUGCACUGUGCCAGAGGUUACCAUAAAUAUAAAGUGCAAUUAACGAGUCCAGUAAGACCUCAGCAG